CGGCCGAAGCAAUGAGUCUGAAAGGUUUCACUUACCCGCUCCCGGAGACCAGGUUCCUGCACGCGGGGAGCAACGUGUACAAGUUCAAGGUCCGAUACGGCAGCAGCGUCAGAGGGGAAGAGAUAGCAGAUAAGCAAAUUGUCAGCAAAGAACUAGAGGACUCUAUUCGAGCUGUCUUGGGGAACCUGGACAAUUUGCAGCCAUUUACCACCGACCACUUCAUCAUAUUCCCCUAUAAGAGCAAAUGGGAGCGGGUGUCCCACCUGAGAUUCAAGCACGGGGCAGCUCUCCUGGACCCCUACCCUUUUGUCUGCACCCUCUAUGUGGAGAUGAAGUGGGCACCAGCUGGGACCCUCGGAGGAGACAACGACCUCCCAGAAAUGGUGAGUUUCCCCCACACUCCAUCAGCUGACCGCCUGUCAGCUCUGGGGCAAGGAGAACCCCAAGGGUCUGGUUCCUAUCUGAAGGGUGACGAUGAGGAAACAGAAGUGAGAGCCAUAGCAGUAAAGAAGAGAAGACUGGAAGACUUCAAGUUACCCACAGAACAGGAGCAGGGCAGGGCUAUGAUGGGAACUUCCAGCAGGAAGAAGCCCCCGACUCAUUCCAGAAGGAACUGGCCUGGAGAAACUGCCUCAGAAGAGGACGAGCCUGAGGACUCUGACACUGCUUUCCUCAAGGACAGUGGGACCCUGGCAGGGGCUGGGUCUACCCUGGUGGACCCAAAGGAACACUCUCCACAGCCAAGCAGCCCACCUUCUCCUGAGGAGCCCCCCAAGCAGAAACAUGCUGGAUUUUGGGGCUUUCUAAGCUCCCUCUUCUCCUUCAGGAUUUUCAGCAGGCGGGGCAGCCAGUGAGCCUGGCAGAAGAUGGCGGUGGAGGCAGGGAUCACCUAUUCCUGAGUCACCCUCUGCUGUCUCAGCCCGUUCCCUGGGGCCGCAGCCCGAGAGAGGAGAAGGCCUCGGGUUCACCAGGGCUGGCCAUGUCUCUGGCUUCUCCUUUGUC